AUGGGGGCGGUAGCAUCGCGCAUUUGCAGCCCGGCUGGCGAAGCGCCAGCACCAGCAGCCCCUCCCAAGGCUUCCUGCUCCAUUGCAGGCUACGAUUUUGAUCCAGUCAAGGACGCACAGCAGCCGGAGGCAUUCCUUGGCAAGUUGGAGGAGAGCUCGCCCACGCGAAGCACAACUGCGGAGUCUGAAUGUGUAGAGGACAAACAUGCAAGCAUCACGGCUGACCUCAUGAAGGAGCCGGCCGAAUUUCAGGCGCCAAAGCCGGCGCCGACCACACCCAUUACAGUGGAAACGCUGCAGGGCGACUGGGUCAACAGCAUGGGCGCCAAGAUUCACGUCGCGGGCACUGAGGUCUCGCUGAACGGCCUGGUCAUGAAGGCGCACCCAAUCCUCUUAAAUGAGGAUGGCACUGUCAGCAGUGUGGGCCGAAUUUGGCAACUCAACGGCUGGCUGGAGAAUGACAAAGUCGAGUUCAAAGAAGCUCCAAGCAAGGAAGUUAUGCAAUUCGCCCGCUCCGUCGUCUGGAGCAAGGUGUCCACCGAGCGCAUGGAAGCAUGGACGGAGCAGAUGAAGGCCAUGGGUUACGCAGGAUCUGCGAACAAUCCUCUUGCCCGUGGUAUUGAGGGCUGCUGCCCGGGAACGUCUGAUGCCCAUGCCAAGCUGGUGGCAGACGACGAAAACAAGGACAAGGCGGAACUGAAGCUGUUGAAUGACCUGAUCUGCAAGUGGCGGGUGCCAGGUCUGAUCAAGGUCCCGCCCCGCAAGGUCAUUCCAGACUUCAGCAACAGAGGCCACACAGGUCUCAGUGUGGAGCAUGUCCAUUACCUCGCGACGAGUUUCAAAGAGAAGGGCUUCCAGAAACGAAAGGGCAACGAGGGGCAUGACAUUCCUGUCCUCGUGUGUGAGAAAACCAGCAGCGAGCUUGGACGGAAGUCCAUUGAGAACUGGAGGUCGAAGCUCCAGGAUGAGAAAGGUUUUGCUCCAGAGGAGCAUUAUGAGCGGCUGUUCAAGGGACAGGAGCUUUAUACCUCCUUGGGCAAUGGUCACUUCAAUCAGGCUCUCAAUCUCUUCUUUCGAGAAUGCCCCAGCAUUUAUAGUCAGGAAAAGUACCUCAUUGGCAAGGACCGUGAUCUUAAAGAAGCUAUCUACCAGGGAAUCGGCAGCAUCGUGCUAAGGGCUGAAAUCCCUCUCAGGGAUCGCGAAACAAUCAGCAAGCUGCUGAAUUCCAAGCGUGAGUUCAAGUGGAACGUUAGUGAGGAUGGAACACUUGACAUCACGGAUGCUUUCGAAGACACUCGCACCUGCAAGCAGUUCGAGGCAUCGGAAGGGAAGACCGGUAGCAUCGGAGGUUUCUAUCCCAUAAACAGCAUUGCGUUCACUUUGGUGCACAGCAGUGGAGCUGAAUUGCCUGGUGAGAUCCGAGCUUGGGGUGACAGACAGCCACCGCGUCGGACUCUUUUCUACUGGUGGGGCGGCAUCAACCGCCACCUGAUAAUCAACUCCGUCUAUUACUUGUUUUUUCUUCUGAUUUUGUACUAUGUGCAAAACCGAUAUCCCAUCACGCAAGUUGAUGCCUCCACGAAUGGCAUCUCCAUGCUGGGGAGUUUGACGGUGUUCUUGCUGGUGUUCCGCAUGAACCAGUCCAUGGCCCGAAACAACGAAGCCACGCAGCGAACGGACGAGAUGUUCGGAGAGCUGGAUUUCUUGGUCCAUUCUGUGUGCACCUUCAUGCAAGGUGCUGGCGAGGACUCGCUGCAGGAGUUGAUUAUGAAUCCAUCACGCAAGCGCACCGAAGAGGAGAUACGUCUCCUACGCCUUCAUGGCGAGCUUGCGUCAGCGGUUCGGAUCCACGUAGUAAGGCUGACAAUUGCCUUCGGCGUCAGUGUUCUGUUGUACUUCCGCGUCCUCUGCGCCCUUUCAGAUUCGCAAGGAGUACUGGAAGAGGAGGACCUGGUGCAGAUCGUUUUUCUGCACGGCCGGCUCCAGGCCUUGCUGUAUGAGGAGGAAAUGGAGGUUGUGGAUCAGUAUGUGUCUUUGCAGCACAAGCAGAUUCAGGAGAGUUUCUUCCGAAGCGAGCUUGGAAUAGAAGAUGCAUUGGCCUCACUGUUGGGCGGUAUCGAAUUGCCAGCCAAUCCGCAGGCGAUUGCAAGGCUGGAAGACGAGAUCGGUGAUGCGGCCGGAGAAAGCGAUAAGGCCUUCGACUUCAUUGCAGGCUCCAUCAUCGAGUCAGUCUGCCCAGCCAAGAUGCGAGUGAAUCAGAUACAUGGUAUCGUAGCCAUCAAUGUGAUGCCCCGGUCAUGCAACACCAAGCAUGAUAUCGUCAUCUUGUUGGGUGUCGGCUACGGCAUUGGCCACUCUGAUGGAACCAUCCUCUGGCAAGGGGCUUGUUGCCGGAAGAAGAACACAGCUGUCAAGAAGAAAGCGCUCCUGGUGCCUUUCCGCGAAGUUGACCGGCCAUGGAUUCAGCUUAUAGAAGCACAAAGCUUUGGCCUUCGAGAUCAAUCCCUCCACCAAUGGCUGAUGCAAGCUGCAAAGCCCGGCUCGCGGACAAGUGUCGAUGUGGCCAUUAGUGGCGCAUCUGUGGCCGGCUACUGUGCCUGGCGCUUGGAAGGUGAUUUGCAUUCGCCAGUCCUCUACAUCCUUUCUCUGGCAGUGGACUUGUCAGAACGCCGACGUGGCCAUGCUGCGGAGCUGCUGCGAAGUGCCAUGAGACGGGGCGAGAGCAGUGGCGCGGCUGCUGCAACAUUGCACGUGCGGGUGGACAAUGAGCCGGCCAACGCAUUGUACUCUCGUCUAGGCUUUGUGCGCGGCGCUCGCGUCCGCAACUACUAUGGACAUUGCGAUGCCUGGGAAUUGCUCAGGAUGUCCAGCGUGAGGGUGGCCGAGCUUUGGGCAGCAGCUGCCUGCCGUUUGGUCCGAAAAAAAGCGGAGUCUGCUUAUUUGAACUGUGUGGUUCAGGGUGUUCUGGUCAGUGUCGUCAACACCCUGCCUCGAAAAUGCGUGCAGGACUGCGCCUUCGUGCCGCAGACCUGUUCCGGCUCUGCCGAAGGCCAGGCGGUGUGGAGAUCUAGCACGGAUGCAUUGGAUCAGCUCACGCACCUCGCGGGUCUGAUCAUGCGCCCAGUCUCCUUGGCCUACUACCAGCACUGCCGUGUGAUUGUCGCACUCUUCAGCUUUAUGUGGCCGUUGGUGCACCCGGUUAGUGAUGAGCUUGUUGCCAACAUAUUCGACAGCAUCGUUUUUCCUUGGGUGGUCUACUGGGCUAUGUCUGGCUUGGAGAGGCUUGCCGAGAUGAUGGAGAACCCGGUGGGCGAUGAUGACACGGACAUUGAUUUGAUGCAGCAGAUGCAUGAGCUGGAGGUCGGCUUGCAGCUCUCCUUCGAGCUUUCGGAGACCCGGCGAAGCAUGAUGCGCAGGCUGCGAAUGAAGAGUACAGGGUCAGAGCACUGCCGUUUUUGGAGAGUUUGCUGUGUCGGACUGACCUGCCCCAGACACCUUCAAGCUGCAGACAGUGGAGUGUUUCUACAUGUCUUAGUUGUGGGAAAGCAGGAACCCUACCGAAACUGA